GUCAGAUUCACUUUGUGAGUGACACAGGAAACCCCACUUUUGAACUUGGGCUGCGGCGGGCGGUGGGACUGGGCUCCUGCUGCUGGCCGGGUGCCUGGUUCGAAAGUGAUCUUCUGAUAUCUCCCCCCUCCGUGAGGAACUUGCCGCCCUUUUUUUUCUUUUACUCGCCAACUACAUUAUCACAAAAAAAUCCCAGGGUAGAAGUCUGCUGCGAAGCAAUCUAAUACCGUCAAGAUGGCUUUCGAUUUCCAGGGAAUUGCUACGCAGUUCGUCACCCACUACUACACCACCUUUGAUACCGACCGCAAGGCCCUGGCUGGUCUCUACAGAGAGAACUCCAUGUUGACCUUUGAGUCUGCGCAAGCCCUCGGUACCGCCAACAUUGCUGAGAAGCUCACCAACCUCCCAUUCCAGAAGGUUAAGCACCACUUCGACACUGCUGAUGCCCAGCCCACCGCCACUGGUGGUAUUGUGAUCUUGGUCACUGGCCAGCUCUUGGUUGACGAGGAGGCCAACCCUCUCAAGUUCUCCCAGGCUUUCCAGCUCGUUCAGGAUCCUCAGGGCCAGUGGUUCGUUUUCAACGAUAUCUUCAAGCUCGUUUUCGGUUAA